GUUUUUCCAGUCUCUGUAAUCCUAUCAAAAGCAAAGAAAUUAGAAGCAAACACUCAAAUUUUUUCUCCUAGCCCUUCAUUUUAUAUCAAAUUUCUUGUCCAAUUUUCGGUUUAUUUCUCAUUGUUAAUUUUACCAGGAAACAGAUGAGAAACGACGGUGGUGGAACGAUGGUUAUGGAAGGAAACAGCCUCCAUAAACGACCAAAUCUGAGUUCUCUCUUCCAACAAUCCGAACCUUCUUUGUUUUCUGUGAACAAUAGCGUUGUUGUAGAUGACGUGUUCCCCAAUAGUAAAAGCAGCGCCUCUUUGGCAAGCCCGAGGAAUUCCAACAGCACAACGACAAGCGGCGAGGGUUCUCCUUACCUCAUGUCACCAUGGAACCAACCUUCUCCGUACAAUAAAUCUCCAUGGAUCACCCCAUCUCCACUCGAGAAUGAUUUUGGCCAAAACGGGCUUAUUGGGUUCAUUGUACGAGAGGAAGGUCAUAUUUAUUCGUUAGCUGCUUCUCGAGAUUUGUUAUACACGGGUUCUGAUAGCAGGAACAUCCGCGUGUGGAAGGGCUUGAAGGACUUUUCGGGUUUUAAAGCUAAAAGUGGCUUGGUUAAAGCCAUUAUUGUGUUGGGUGAUAGGAUCUUCACUGGUCACCAAGACGGUAAAAUCCGUGUCUGGAAGGUUUCAUCGACAAACCCUAGUGUCCACAAAAGAUUCGGUAGUUUGCCAACUUUGAAAGAUUUAAUUAAAAGCUCUGUUAAACCCAAGAACUACGUUGAAGUUCGGAGGAAACGUAGCGUUCUGCGAAUCAAGCACUUCGACGCUGUUUCUUGCUUGAGCUUGAACGAAGAGCUUGGGUUGCUAUAUUCAGGAUCUUGGGAUAAAACCUUGAAAGUUUGGCGACUGGCGAACUCGAAAUGCUUGGAAUCCAUCGACGCUCAUGAUGACGCCAUAAAUUCUGUCGUGGCAGGAUUCGAUAGCCUGGUCUUUACGGGGUCGGCAGAUGGGACAGUCAAGGUAUGGAAGAGAGAGUUGCAGGGGAAAGGGACGCAACAUUUCCUGGUUCAAGUAUUGUUGAGGCAAGAAAACGCUGUGACAGCACUGGCUGCGAACCAAGAAUCAGCUGUGCUGUAUUGCGGGUCGUCCGACGGGCUUGUCAACUUCUGGGAUCGUGAAAAGCACCUGUCACAUGGCGGGGUCCUAAGGGGCCAUAAAAUGGCUGUGCUGUGCUUGGCGACAGCCGGGAACUUGGUGUUUAGCGGGUCAGCCGAUAAGAGCAUAUGCGUGUGGAGAAGAGAACAAGGUGGAAUUCACACGUGCCUUUCUGUCUUAACAGGUCACGCCGGCCCCGUCAAGUGCCUAGCCGUUGCAGAAGACCACCAAACAUCAACCAAGGCUGAUCGAAAGUGGAUUGUUUACAGUGGCAGCCUGGACAAGUCCGUCAAGGUAUGGCGCGUGUCCGAACACGCUCCGGACCUGAAGGAGAUCCAACAGGGUUACCUCAACGGGCACGCGGCCAAUGAUGACGCGGCGAUGGGAAAGAGGUAACCUGUGAAGCAGGCACUGUCAAAGUAAAAAAAAAAAACAAAAAAAGAGAAAACGAAGGAACAGUAGCACGCGGAGCCACGGUACCUCAGAAAGUUGCAUGGCGCCGAGGCGUGGUCCCGGUCUGAUUCGAGCCUUACCCUCGAAGGCACUUUUGGUAGGUGCGGACGGCGCCACUUGUACAAAUCGAAUGACUUUAACAAAUGUCAGAGUGCCACAUCAGAAACAAGUAAAAUACAACUUUCGAAGUCCUAGCACAAAGAAAAAUACAAUUAUUUGCUUUAAUUUUGUUUGCUUCCUUUGUGUAAAUGUAUUAAAAGCACAUAUUUUGCCGCCACGAAUUGUUGUUAAAAAGGGGUGGGAGGCUCCUUCAUCUUGAAAAGUACAUUACUUAUAGCCCAAGGUUGACAAAAUGCAUUGAAUUGGUAAAUGACUUUUUGGUGUUCUUCUUUCAA